UUUCUUCAUUCUCUCUCAUUCCUUCAAAAAAAAAACAAAAAGCUCUCUUCAUCUUCUUCCCCAAAGCGUCGUCUUGCUUCAAAUUUCUUCAGCAAAUGGGUUGCUGUCUCAGCAAAACUCCUCCUCCGUCUUCUUCUCCUCCUCCUCCUCCGGUUAACGGAUCUUGUUCGGUUAAAUCACCAGAUCUUGUUGAUAGACUUCCUCUGAAACUCGAAGCGAAGGAGAAGAAGGUUGAAGUAGAAGAAUCGAAACCAAAGAAUGAAGAAGAAGAAGAAGAAGCAGAGGUGAAAGAUAAUAGCAAACAGAGGAAAGAAGUGUUUGUUAUUAAACAUCGGAGAAGCCAUGAGAAAUCAUCGAAGACGACGACGGGGACAGAUCCGGAGGAAUCUUCGGUUUCCGAUGUGAAAUCGACCGGUUCGAAUCCGGUUGACGUGGAUGCGAUUUUGAUCCAGUGUGGGAGAUUAAGCCGGAGCAACUCAGGAGCUGCGAAAACUCGGAGAUACUCUGGAUCUAAGAGGAGUUUCGAUUUUGAUCAGAGUGAACGGAGCCGCGACGGUGGUGACGCGGAUGCUGAAGACGAAGAAGCUGAGAGGCGGAUUCAUCGUCAGCGUCACCGUGGUGGUGGUGAAUCGCCACGGGAACGGAGGAGACGAACUCCGAGUAGAGAGAGGGAUGAUUCGAAGAGUUAUAGAUCGGGGAGUAGAGAGAGAGGAAGUGGUAACGGCGGCGGUGGUGGUGGUAGUAGACGGGUGAGUAGAUCUCCGGCGAGAAGAUCGGAGAUAAACCCUAAUUCGAGUGGCAAUUCUGUGAAUUCGAGUAAUAAUAAUAAUAAACCUGGGAAAUUUGUAUCUGUUCCUGCUACGGAUAAGGCUUUAAGUAACAAUGGAGAUGGAUCUGUGAAACGUGUUGCUGUGAAGAGAAAUGUUGGUAAAGCUGCGUCUCCGAGGUCUCAGUCGCCGGCGAGAGCGGCGAGCCAGCCUUCUCCGUCGAAGCUUAGCCGGAAAACGGAGUUGUCUCCUUAUAGGAGGAAUCCAUUGGGAGAGAUUGAUACAAACUCUGUGGCAGGUAACACCAAUUGCAACAAAAGGAUGAACAGAGACAUUGAAAUGAAUAAAGAUUCUUGCAAUUUCGUGGCUCAGAAGAUGAAUCCCAAAAUCGCUACACAAGCGCCGAUUCGGAGAAGCGCAAGCCCGAUACGUGCAAUGAAAGAGCAGCAAGAGAUAGUGGAAGAGUGUAAGGUUGAAUUGGUUAAGCCUCAAAUUAUGAGUAGAAGCAGAUCCUUAAGGAAGUCUCGUGAUUUCGAUUUCAGUCCUGAUGCAUUGCUCUCUAGCAACAUUGAUAACAACAACAUUAAUAGUAACAAUGCGACGGCUGGAUCAACAUUACCAUCUUACACAGCUUUGCUUUUAGAGGACAUUCAGAAUUUUCAUCAGAAGAGUGUUAAUGUUAAUACUCUAAGUUCAUCUAUGUCCAAGGCUUGUUCUAUUGUAGAAGCAGUUGCUGAUCUUAACUCCACUACAAAUCAACACCAAAGAACCGAGAUCAGUUUCACAUCGGGAGCAGCGAAGAAAGCGGAUUUAAUGGAGCCGAGUUUCGAGAAGUAUGUGACUGUUAAGCGAGGUGGUUCUUCGUUAGAGGAUAUGGAAGAGCAAGAAUCAUCAGGAAGCAAUAGUAUCACGGGAAGCAGCUGCGUGAUGCAGCGACAAGGAUACUCAUCGUCUUCUUCGUGGGAACCGAACUCAGCUGAGUCGACAGAUCGAAUGAGUAUGAGAUCAAACAAACAAGAACGUGAUCGUAGUCCACUUGGUGUGAGUAUUGAGAAACAAGAGUUUGAUCCGUUGAAGAAGAAUGGUGUUGGAGUUGGACGCAAAAGAGUAGCUGUUGUUGAUUCUUCUUCUUCUUCUACAGGGAAAGGUGUUGUUCUACAUGCAACAACAACAACUCGUGUUGCUGCAGUUUCAGUGUAAUGAAAUAAUGAAUUCGAUUGUUUCUUUUUCCCUUACUUGGUUGCAAGAGUUUUAGCAACUGGUGUGUUUGGUUUCUUUUGUAAUCAUUUGAUCAUUUCAAUCGAGUAUUCCUUCUUUAUGGAUU